ACGAUACUAUGGAAAAAUGUAUAAAGAUUUGGUUAUGUAAAUACGGCUGUCAAACGUGAACGGAGUGUGACGAUAGAAACGUCACUUGUCCUGGCCGCCUAGAACUAUUUUAGUGACCGUCCAAUCCACCAAAUUAUAUAAACGCAAUGGCGACUAUGUUGCGGGGUGUUGCUUUGGCGGAAAAUAUAUUGGCGAAAAACGGUCCAAAAAUAUUGGGAUCAGCCACCACCACCCGAUGGCAACCACAGCAACAACAGUCCAGGAAUCUUAACGUGCAGGAGCACGUAAGCUAUACCCUUUUGAAAAAUGCGGGAAUCAACGUGCCCAACUUCGGCGUGGCCAAAACCAAGCAGGAGGCCAAGGAUAUUGCUGCCAAGCUGAAUACCAAGGACAUCGUGCUGAAGGCUCAAGUUUUGGCUGGUGGCAGAGGCAAGGGCACAUUCAAAAAUGGCCUUAAAAGUGGUGUCAGGAUGGUUUACUCUCCUGAAGAAGCCGAGGAAAUCGCCGGCAAAAUGCUCAACCAGUACUUGGUCACAAAACAAACGGGCGAAAAGGGCCGCAUCUGUAACUCCGUCAUGGUAGCCGAAAGGAAGUUCCCCAGGAAGGAGUUCUACUUCGCGGUCAUGAUGGAACGUGCCUUCGGCGGUCCCGUAAUCAUCGCCUCGUCUCAGGGCGGCGUCAACAUCGAAGAGGUGGCCGCCGAAAAUCCGGACGCCAUCAUUUACGAGCCCGUCGAUGUCACCAAGGGACUGAGCAAGGAAACUGCCGAGAAAGUCGCCGAGAGGGUUGGGUUGGGCAAAUUCAAGGAACAAACCGGUGACAUGUUGUUGAAGAUGUACGAUCUCUUCUUGAAGAAGGACGCCCUCCUUAUCGAAAUUAAUCCUUACGCCGAAGAUGCCGGAGAGAAAUAUUUCUCCCUCGACGCCAAAUUCAGGUUCGACGACAACGCCGAAUUCCGUCAGAAGGAGCUGUUCGCCCUCCGCGACUGGUCCCAGGAGGACGAGAAGGAGGUGCAAGCCGCCAAAUUCGACUUGAACUACAUCGCUCUGGACGGCAACAUCGGGUGCAUGGUGAACGGUGCCGGUCUGGCCAUGGCCACUUGCGACAUCAUCUCCCUUCACGGAGGCUCGCCAGCUAACUUCUUGGAUGUGGGUGGCGGUGCCACCGCCCACGCCGUCAAGGAGGCCUUCAAAAUCAUCACCUCCGAUCCCAAAGUCCAUGCCAUUUUGGUUAACAUCUUUGGUGGUAUUAUGAGGUGUGACGUAAUCGCCGAAGGUAUUAUUGCCGCCGCUAAGGAGCUGCAGAUGAAGAUGCCCAUCGUGUGCCGUUUGCAAGGCACCAACGUUGAUGAUGCUAAAGUAUUAAUCGCUUCCUCCGGAAUGAAGAUCUUACCAGUAGAUAAUCUUGAUGAAGCUGCUAGAUUAGUAGUUAAAUUAUCCAAUAUUGUAAGUCUGGCCAGAAGCGCCAAGCUAGACAUCAACUUUGAAAUUCCACUCUAAAUUAAUUUAUUUUAUUUAUGUACUAUUUUAUUUUCAUGUAUAUUAUACAUUUUUGAUAAGUAAGUCUAUUGUAAAUUCAACUAUCUAUGCAUCAAAUUGUUCCUUGCACAUAUUGUAUAUUAUUUAUUCUGUUAUUGAGUAAAUAAAUUACUCUAAAUAUUAGAA